UCUCGCUCGUGCAGUCACUUUGGUCCUGCGGCGCACGAGCGAGAGAAAGUUAGAGCCCGAAAGUUUGGAAGCGAAAGUAUUUGAUCACAGAUGGAGGUGGCUGCUGAGAUCAACUAUUUAUCGCUGGCGUAGUUUUUUCACUGUUGUAUUUCAUCUUUCAUAUCAGAAAAUAACGUUUUUUCCGGCGUUUGUGGAAGAAGUCCGCGCCUCCUCCUCCUCCUGCGCGCUACCUCUUAUUCAUGCGGUGGAGGAGCGGAGCCCGCGGUCGAGGAUACAAUGAAGCAUGUGUCCGAGACAAUGUAGCGAGAUGCUGUGAUUCUGCUUCUCACAGGACGAGGGGGACGAUUUGCUCGACUGCGGAGGGACACCAGCGGCUUUAAGAAUGAAUCUUUAGCCUCUGCACGACAAGCUAUGACCAACAAGCCGACCAGAAUCUAGACAUCCAAGUGCAAACCCGGAAUUCAAGAAUGAAGACCAAAUAUUCAAUUGUCUUCAUCUGUAUUGUUGCCCUGGUCAUCAUCGAAAAGGAGAGCAAUAUCAUUUCAAGGGUCUCCGAUAAGAUAAUCCAGAGGCACGCUCCUACGCUGGACCCACACUCACCACUGGAUAACAGCAACACGACACAAAAUGGCCCCCUGUCAUUGCUCAAAAUGUUGCUCUCUAAACUCCCUGGUGCAAAAGGGAAUUACUCCAACUUUUCUGAUGAGCAAGAGGAUGAUGAACUUGACGAUUUGGGCGCGUACAACUCCAGCCGUGGCCGUAAGCACGUGUUGCUCCUGGCCAGAACAAGAACAGGUUCCUCGUUUGUCGGGGAGAUUUUCAACCAGCACGGGGAGAACAUGUUCUACCUCUAUGAGCCUCUGUGGCACGUCGCGCGCAUGCUGAGUUUGGGCGAAGAGGCAAACAAUGGGACAGCGUUGUCAAGAAUCUACCGGGAUGUACUGCGGGGGCUCUUCCUGUGUGAUUUCAACCCUCUCGAGAAGUUCAUCUCUCCCCCACCGGAGGAACGUGUCACCGCCGCUCUGUUCCGCAGAGAGUCGAGUUUAUCGCUCUGUGAAGAUCAAGUCUGCAGUCCUUUCGUCAAAGAUGUUUACGAAAAAUAUCGCUGUAAGAUUCGUCGCUGUGGGCCGCUGAACUUGACCCUCGCCUCGGAGUCCUGUCUUUCCAAGCAACACCAUGCCAUAAAGACUGUCCGUGUGCGCCAUCUGGAAUCAUUGCAGCCGUUGGUGGAGGAUCCACGUCUAGAUGUGAGAUUGAUCCAGCUAGUCCGAGAUCCACGGGCCAUCUUAGCAUCUCGUAUGGCGGCAUUCUCUACCUACGAGAUGUGGAAGGCCUGGGCGCAGGACGGCCAGGUGCCCGAAGAUGAUGAGGAGGUGAAGAAGCUCAAAGGAAACUGUGAUCAAAUAAGGAUGUCUGCAGAGGUGGGACUGAGCCAACCUCACUGGCUGAGGAAACGCUACAUGUUGGUGCGUUACGAGGACAUCGCCCUGUAUCCAAUGCAGAAGGCAGAGGACAUGUACAGGUUCGCAGGGAUACCAUUCAGUCCCCAAGCUAGGGACUGGAUUCUAAGGAACACCCAGACCACACAGGAAGAGGGCGACGAAUACUCCACCCGGAAGAAAUCAUCUGAGCAUGCAGAAAAAUGGAGGUUUAGCAUUCCCUUCACACUGGUUCAGGUGGUGCAGAGAGUGUGUGAACCCUACAUGAAGAUGUUCGGGUACAGGAUUGUGGACGAUGAAAAGACACUGAUCAACAAGUCCAUGAGUUUGCUCGAGGACAGACUGUUUCAUUAGCUUGAAGGUCACAAUUUGUAGCUGUGACUCUGCAGGAGGAGCCAUUAUUGCACAGACCAAAACUAGUCAGCAAAGCUGCCAUUAGACACAAAAUGACAGCAUUACGGCCAUACAGUUCUAUUCACACUCACCAAUGAUGUGCCUCAUUAUAGCAAUGAAGAGCCACUUAAAGAUAAAGAGAAGUAUUUAUUUGCAUACUGUGUUCUUAAGUUAUAUCUUGGUACUUAUGAUAUGUCACUGAGUUUCAUUCAUACAAAAUAAGCAUAGACGUCAAGCAUUACAGAUUACCUGAGAUUAUAUAUAAGAUUUUAUUCAUAGAUGAAGUUUAAUUUUUCCGGGAUAAACUAUGGUGAAGGUGAAAGUGAUGUGAUGUGAUGUGAGAGUCGUCAUACGGUUAAUGAUCAAGUGCUAAUGCUGACUAGUUCAGCCUGUUUACCAUAUUAACAGAUCUGCUCUAGGAUAUCAUCACUUUAGAUCAGAUCAGACCUGAUGUGUGUUGAUAGGACUUUACAUAACUGACUCAGGUCAGGUGAAUGUUCAACGGUGUCUCCUUGUGUGAAAAUACAGUUUAAUCUCUAGCUGCUUUCAGACAUGCUCUGACAUUUUCCUUGGGUUUCCCAGAGGGGCUGUAUAUGGGAACACAAUAUUAGAGCGCUUAUGGUGAUUAGGGCCUUCACCGUUGUUAAUGUGCUAUAAACAAAAACAAGGUUUUCUCUACCUUAGGGGCCAGCCCUUGCCACUUCGGGACAUUUUCCUGCUGUUGUGAACGCGUCUGACCUGGACAAACCCCCGCUGCGUUCUGCGUGUAAAAGGAAAAUGUCCGGACCAAAUGUUUUGGACAUUUUCCAAACUUCAUGUCUGAAAACAGCUUCUGAUGUCUUAAACCAAAUGCCAUUUAAAGCGGUUUUCUUCCAACAGAAGGUUGGUAAAGAUAAAUAUAUGUAGUAUAAUACUGGGUUAAAUAUAAUAAGGUUCAAUGAAAUGAAGCAACAGGAAAGAAGAAGCAGACUUUACCUCAUAUACCUACAUGUGUCUUUAACAUUCAAGUGCUAUUUAGUACUCACUACCCAGCCAGUAGCUAUAUUUCCCCAGCUGCUUCCCCACCUCUGAGUAAAAAGGUCUAAUGUCAAUUUACUAAAGCAGCUUCUCUGACCUGCUGCUCCUGUCGGCAGCUCGCUCAGAAUAAAAAAUGGAAGGACUCUGCUAAGUUCGAGCUGAUCCAUAUAUGUCAGAGAAAUAUGCUAAUACACACAUACACAUUGUGUGAGGAUUUAAUAAAAGAAAAAACUACUUUACAACUUAAAGCAAAAAAAUCACGAGAUAAAUAUGAAGACGUGCAAAUUUCAAUCUUGAGAUGUUUUGGGUUUUAGUUAAAUAUGUACAAAGCAUGUAUGUAACUGUAUCAAUGUGGCCUAUCUCUUUAAGUGAAACCCAGGUGCUGUAGCGUUAACUGUCCCUCUUGCCGGUGCAUAAAGGUAGCCACUGUGACUCUGCCUCAAUGGGAGCAUUGUGUUCAGCUUGGCUGAGGUACCGGUGAAACCGCCGGCCCGCUCAUGGAAAAAGGAUAUGCAUAGAUGUACAUAUAGUAGUGGGCAUACACUACCUUAGUGUUGAAAACAUAAAUAUGAAUACUGGCAGGUCUUGAGAUGCCCAGAUUCACUACUUAAGUACUGUGAAAAACCAAGUGAAACAAUGGGUGUAGUCAGAGUGCACACACAUUCAGAUCCCCAAAGUCUUGAUAUGCUGGGAGCAGAUAUGUUUGACUGGCGGUUCGACCUUCAUAGAGAAAUGAUUUUCAACUUUGUUAAAAAAGUAUAAAAACUUCCCUCACCAGAAUGGCACUCAGCGAUAUGUAUAACUCUGCCAACCGAGGCAGUAGAAGGACAGUCCCCUUAAAUUCAAUCAAGCUGCAACAAAUUACACACGCUUGUAUUCAUCACUUCCCUAAAUAUGUCUGUUUUUCCUCCUAAAGAUCUUUGAAUUAUUCCGUGGGAAAUUCGAGGAAAUGGAAAAGAUACGUCCUGUCUUACGAUUUUUUAAGAGAGAAAAAAGAUCCAACCUCAAAUUCGGAAACACUUCUCUUUUGAUUUUAUAUUUAUAUUUUACAUAGCUGAGCUCAAAUCAUUUUGGUGUUUGGGUCAAGUAAUAAAAUAAAUAAAAUACUGACUAUUCACCUUUUUGUUGUGUCUGUAUUUUAUGAGGUGAAAAACAAAUCGGAUGGGGUCCCAGUCAACAGCUCUGGUCUACAUAGAUUUAUCCAUCCAUAUCCGAGCAGAUUUAAUUUAAUGUCCGAUUAAAUACACAACAUAAGUUUUAGGCUACCUCACCUUCUUUAAAAUGUUGAGCAAACCAAACUGGGGAUACAGGUUGAGAAUAGUUUGCGAGGUAUAUAUUUGGACGUUUUGAUUUUCUCUGCUCUGAAAAUAUGUCACAAUUGUAAAACAUUGCAACCUAAAUUAAUUCAAAACUCCCAUUUUUGACAAAUAAGCAAACUAUAAACAUGUUAGAGCCACAUUGUUUCACUAUUGAGGCCGAAUGUCCUAUACUUUAAAGGGGCUUAACUCAAUGAAGACAAUUAUAAUGUUUCAUAGGUUGUCAAAGUUAUGGGUUUCUUAAAUGCCUCACUGUCAGUUUUAACUAUUAAAAACUUCAUUUGCAGUCA